CCUUUUUCUACGAAAUGUCUUGUUUAGGUUGAUUGAGGGUCAUGGCUAGUAAUUGUAGACUUUGUGGUAUUUGUGAUUAUCAUCAGAUAAUCACAUCAUCAGUAAUCUGGUGUUUCGAAUGUGACGAAGGACUAUGUGGAGAUUGUAAGGAAUAUCACAGUAUUUCCGAGGAAACUAAAGACCACGAAAUCGCUCCCAUCGCCGAUUACUAUAAGUUACAGACCGAUGUUCUACAAGACGCACAGGUCUGCAAAAUACAUGAUGAGAGAUACGAGCUUUUCUGUAUAAAACACGAUUGUCUAUGCUGUAAGAAAUGUGUUCAAAUUCACACCGAUUGUAAAGAUUUAACCGACAUCAAUGAAAUCAUAAAAAACGUCAAAACUUCAAAUGCAUUUUAUGAAAUCGAACAAACCUUACUGGAAGUUGUCGAGAAUAUCGAACGAAUCAGUGGUAACCGAGAAGACAAUCUCACAUGGCUGAAAAACAAGAAAAGAGAAAUUGAAGCAGAAGUAAAACAAACCCGAACAAAGAUAAAUCAUCACCUUGAUAAACUUCAGGAUGAUUUGAUGAAAGAUUUAAUUACAACUGAACAAAAUGAAAGCAGCAAAAUAAAAAAAGUGUUGACCACUCUAAAAAGGAAGGAAAAGGAGAUAGCAAAACACCAAGCCAACUUUGUUCAUAUAAAACAACAUUCAUCGGAGCUUAACACCUUUUUGUUCAUGAAACAGAUCGAAAAAGAUAUUGCAGUCGAAGAAAAAUUUAUUGAAUCCAUUAUCAAAAAUGAUUUUUUGAAUCAAACCAAAAUUUCAUGCGAAAUUAACAAGUCUUUACAUCAACUUACAGCAAGCAUACAGAAAUUUGGAGAAAUGAACAUAAGUUCGGAUCCAUGCGGUUUGUCAGUUCAGAAACGAAAAAACAGUCAAGCCCAGAUUAUGGUAGCUCUUCCGACCAGAAUUAUCGACAACCUGACUGUGACGUUACAGAAACGUAUCACUACAGAGGUGUCAAAUGUACGAGGUUGUUCUAUACUCCCUGAUGGUAGGAUGGUAUUCUCCUCUUUUUCCGAAAAGAAAGUAAGCGUAUUGAAAUCUGAUGGAUUAAUAGAUUUUGAAAUAAGUAAUAUCGGUGGUACGUUUGAUGUGGUAUUCAUCGGUAAUGAUUGUAUUGCUGUAACGUCUAGCAGCUAUUCAAAUGAGAUAAAUAUAAUUGACAUAAAGAAAAAAAACUGAGAAAAACAAUAACAGUACAUUCAAACAAUGAUGGAGUAGCAUACAAAGAUGGUAAUUUGAUUUUUUGUUGUAGGAGAAAAGGACUACAGAUGAUUAGUCUUAGUGAUGAAGCCACUACCAAUGUUAUCAAUCAGGAACU